AGAUUUAGAAUGGAUUUAUCAAGAUAAUAUAUUGAAAAUGUUUCAGGAGAAUUCUAUAGUGGUUCUAAAAUUAAAUUCACUGCCUGAGGUACCACGUCUCGUUAAAUCGCGAAAUACAACAAUGUUAUUAAAGUCAAUCAAUAAAAAUGUAGAAGAUUUGAGUCUAGGCGAUCUAUUAAAUUUCCAUGAAUUACUUGCUCAAAAGCCCAACCGUGUUUUUGUAGAAAAUUUAUCAUUUAAUGUCGUUAAUGAUAAUACUACAGUCGCUUCUAUAUCAUACAAAUACUCGAAAUGUUACAAGUUUCAUGAAAAUGCGAUUCCAAAUAUCAUGUCUCAAGAAAUUAACGUUUUUGAAGAACAAAUCAAACGUCAAAAUUACGGAGUUAAUUUUUCAUAUCUAAAUGAGCAAACAAUAUGUUUGAAAAUAACUAUUUGCACUAACAUUAGAAAUCAAAAGUUAAAUUUCCCAUGGAAAGUAAUAAAGUUGAACCAACACGCAAAUGAUGAAUUUAAAGAAUAUAUUUCUGAAAAUGAUAACAUUAUGGUGAUUUAUUCAGAAAAUAAUGAAAUUCAUUUUGUACGACGUACGGGCAGGGGCAAUUGCUUAUUUCAGGCAUUCAUAUAUCCCCUUGAAUUUGUCAACCACUUGGACAAUUCAACAUUUAAAGAUCCUCCAAUUUAUACGGGUAGAAUUUUAUCAGCAACUAAAAACCGUACUCUCGAAAAAUGGACAGAAAAUUUAUGUGACAAUGAUUUGAGAAACAAAUUUAAUGACGAAAACAAUAAGACUUUAAUUUCAAAAAUUAUCGGUGAAAUGGAUAAAAGCAAUCAUUCUUUAAUAAAUUUAUACGUAGAUGAGCUGUUUUGA